AUGGGUGCUCACUCCGCUGUCUGGCAGGGCUACGUCGACUCGAGCUUGAUGGGCUCGGGUCAAUUCGACAAGGCCGGUAUCCUGGCUGCCGACUUCUCCGGCUUGGAGGCCAAGUCCCCCACCUUCGAGCUCUCCCAGGAGGACAUUAACAGCCUCGCGGCCGCUUUCACCUCCGACGCCACCGCUUUCGCCAACGGUUUCUCCAUCGGCGGCGAGAAGUUCCUCUGCAUCCGUGCUGACGCUCGCAGUCUCUACGGCAAGAAGGGUAAGGAGGGCGCCAUCGUCGUCCGUGCUUCUGCCUGCACCAUCAUCGCUCAUCACGGCGAGAGCGUCCAGACUACCAACGCCGCUGCCGAUGUCGAGAAGCUGGUCGACUACAUCAACAACCCCCAAUAA